CAUUGGAGAGAGAAACGCGACUGGGGUGUUGGUGGGAGGGAUUAUUCCUAGUACAUCCAUUGCUUUUCAAAGUCUACAUUUUCAGUUAGGUUAAGCAGUAGAUUCAGGCUCACUCUCAUCAUAGUCUAUCCAAGAGCGCACGGACGGGCACGGGAGCGCACCGCAUCCCAACCGUCGCUCGUACCAACUGAUGAGAAGUAUCUUACUUCCCAUCCUGAAUCCACAAACUGACAGUUCAUUUGCGCAAACGCUCAGGAGGAGUUUCGGAAAUCGAAGUUGAGUUCGUUGGUUUUCUAUUCUUUAAACACCUGACUAAGUUUGACCAUUUGGAGAACAAUUCGGAUAUCAUUCCAACACCAAUCCAGUUGGAAUUAGAGUUAUGGCACUAUCAAUGCUGCGCAGCGGUUUGCUUUUUCUGUGUCUGACAACUAUCCAUACUUGCCAUGGUGGCGGACAGAACUGCAUGGAUAAACACCAGGUGGUUGGUGUUCUCCGUCAGAUGGAGAAGUUUCUGAAGGGACAGGAGAUGAGAUUCACAGAGGGACUACGCAUCAUGAAGUCCAAACUGGCAACCCUACAGAACUCAGUCUCCAAGUUGCCUCAGGCCGAUCAGUCGGCUGCUCCCUCUGUAUGCCCCUCCCUGGAAGCCCCUGUCCACGGGACGAAGUUUGGCUCCAAGUAUUUCAUCAGUCAUGAAGUCCAUUUCACCUGUUCCCAUGGUUACCAUCUGGUGGGCCCCGGGACACGUGUGUGUCAAGAGAACGGGAGUUGGAGUGGUGUCAACACCAUCUGUAAAGAUGUGAGUGAGUGCUCCAGUAACCCAUGCCAGAAUGGAGGGACCUGUGUAGAGGGAGUCAACCAAUACAAGUGCACCUGUCCACAGAGCUGGAGUGGAUCCAACUGUCAGCACCAGACACAGACAGUGGUGCACAGGCCCUCUCCAGGCCGCCGGGCGAAGUUUAAGCUCCUCCCUCUCCCUCUCUCGCGUUCAGCGCCACCUGAGUGGAGCGUCAUGGACGACCCUGCGUUUAGUCGACGACCCCGCUGUGCCAAGGUGGACAGAGCCCAACACUGUAGCUGCGACGCUGGUUUUCACAUGAGUGGCACCUCGGACAACAGCAUCUGCCAGGAUGUGAACGAGUGUGAGGUGUACCGGCUGGACCAGGGGGGCAAGCUGUGUGUGUAUGAGUGUGUCAACGUCCCAGGCUCCUACCAAUGCUCCUGCCCCAGAGGCUACAAGCUGCUGCCUGAUGGAAGGAGCUGUGAAGAUGUGGAUGAGUGUCUGACCCAGCAGCACAACUGCAGUAGAGGAACAACAUGUAUCAACACAGGAGGAGGGUUCCAGUGUGUGAGCCCGGAGUGUCCCCGAUCACACGGCAACAUCAGCUACGUCAAGACGUCUCCCUUUCAGUGUGAGAGGAACCCCUGCCCUAUGGAGAGUCGUUCCUGUCACCUGGCUCCUAAGACGGUCUCCUUCCACUACCUCUCCCUCCCCUCCAACCUCCAGACCCCGGCUACCCUGUUCCGCAUGGCGACUGCCGCCGCCCCCGGCCGCCCCGGCCCCGACAGCCUGCGAUUCGGCAUCGUUGGGGGCAACACCCGCGGGAUGUUCGUGAUGCAAAGGUCGGACCGCCAGACGGGUGAACUGAUCCUGGUUCAGGGGUUACGAGGACCGCAGGAUAUCAGCGUUGAUGUGGAUAUGUCCGAGUAUAGUGAGCGCACCUUCCAGGCUAAGCAUGUGGCGAAGGUGCAUGUUCUUGUGUCGGCCUAUGACUUCUGAGGAGGAUUUACAGACAGAGGACAGAGGAGCGAGUGAGAGGGACAGAAGGAAGGAGGAGAAAAAAAAGAGCAUUGGACAGAGGGAUGA